UAAAAAUACUAUAAGAAAAACAAUAUAGGGUUAAGUGCGAUGAGUUCUAACAACUUCCGAACAAUUUGCAAAUAACUUAACACCUCCGAAGUCAACAACAAGUUAAAUUAUUUCAUGUUAGACAUAUUUAUGGCUACAAAUAAAAUCGUAUAAUAAAUAAAAAAAUCAAAUAAAUAAAACUCAAAACCAUACUAAACCAUGUCACCCAAAAAGGAUACCAAAAACUGGCAGUAAAACAUUCUAAAAACUGGUGGUAGAACUUUCUGCGAAAAAAAGGUUUAAUUGAAAUCCACAUAAAAAUUGUUUCGGUGCUGAAUAAAUAAAAAAUAAUAACAAGAAAAGAGAUAAAAAAAAACAUUUCCCACUGACAUUAACAUAAAUGCCUGACAAUUUGUUUUACCAAUUUCCAACACGGAAACGGCAACAAUAGCUUUUCUUCUCGUAGCUUUUCCGACGAAAGGCGCAAAUAAAAACCAACAUAAACAUUCGACGAUACAAACAAACGAACUACGCACCUUCUUCCGUUUUGAAAAAAAGGCAACAGCUACAAUAACGGCAACACCGACAGCGACAGUGCUUAUCAUCAACAUCCUUUACAGAUCCUUACAGCAUUUUUGGUUUGUUGUCGUUGGAGUAUCUGAGUUUGGCUGUGUGUUUCUGUGCGCUACGCAAACCAAAUUUAUAUGUGGCGGUGUGGGUGCAAAUUUCGGCAGUGUACCUUAAUCAAGCUGCGUUCUUUGUGACUUCACUGUUGUUGUGCUUAAGUGUAGCUUAAGUGGAGAUUUGCUACAGCAUCCAAAGUCACCAGUUACGUUUGUUAUCAACUUUGAUAAGGUUUUUAUUGAAUUUUGAACUUAAUAACUCUGAAGGAAAAUCAUGAAUAUGGCUGCAUAUGCGCAGUUCGGAUAUGGUGGUUACCCGCCGGCUAAUCAGUUACUCGGCGGUGUAGGUCAAACCACAACAGCAGCGUCAAGUAUACCAACAACAGUCAAUAACGGCUCUGCACCUUCACCACUGUCUGGUGCAAACGAUGCUUCGCUUAGUCCAUCUGGAGGUUCGGCGACAACUGGUGCCACUACCAAUGGACCGCUUAGUCCAGGUGCAAUUUCACAAACAUCAAAUAAUGCAGGCAGCGUAUCUGCAGUAGUAAAUUCUGCUGCUGUUGGUGUUAGCAUGAAUGAAUCACAAAGUGAAGCAGCUUUAUCCGGCUCAGCUGCUGGUAUCGCUGGUGCUGUUAAUGCAGGUAUUGGUAGUACAACUUGUUGUGAAAAUGGCAGACCAAUAAUGACGGAUCCAGUCUCAGGACAAACAGUGUGCUCCUGUCAAUAUGAUUCUGCACGCUUAGCGCUUUCAAGUUAUUCCCGUAUGCCGGCAGCAAGUGUUGGCGUUUAUGGCACUCCAUAUCCUUCAACCGAACAGAAUCCUUAUCCAAGCAUUGGUGUCGACAGUUCAGCAUUUUAUUCGCCUUUGAGUAACCCAUAUGCACUGAAAGAAACAGGUCCAGGCUCUGAUAUGACAGCUUGGACAUCUGCUGGUCUUCAACCAACAACUGGUUACUAUUCUUACGAUCCAACAUUAGCUGCUUAUGGUUAUGGUGCCAGCUAUGAUUUAGCAGCUCGACGCAAGAACGCCACUCGUGAAUCAACAGCAACGCUUAAAGCUUGGCUUAACGAGCAUAAAAAAAAUCCAUAUCCAACCAAAGGUGAAAAAAUCAUGUUAGCAAUUAUAACGAAGAUGACACUGACGCAGGUCUCCACAUGGUUUGCAAAUGCACGGAGACGUUUGAAGAAAGAAAAUAAAAUGACUUGGGAACCAAAGAAUAAAACUGAAGAUGAUGAUGAUGCUAUGUUAUCCGAUGAUGAAAAAGAAAAAGAUAUACUGGAAACAGACAAGCCACCUAGUCUAUAUGGUGGUGCAAAUGAGCAUCAUAAAGAUGGUCAUCAUGUCAAAUCCGAGCAUAAUAGAGAAGAGAAAGAAGAUGAUUUAAAUGAUGAUCGCAAACCUGAAAAUCUUGCAACAUUGCGCAGUGCUUAUAAUUCUGCAUAUGCUCAUCAUUCUAGUUAUCAUCCUUACCAGCAACAACCACCACAUGCGGCAAGUUAUUAUCAACAAGGAAGUCAACAUUCUAGCUAUGGAGCACAUGAUACCAAUACUUAUAAUGGUUCAAAAAACCAGCUGAGCAGAGACUGUGGUAUACCAAUUCCAGCUACAAAACCGAAAAUCUGGAGUUUGGCAGACACAGUCGCUUGCAAAACACCACCACCAACAGCUUAUCUAGGACAACAAUAUUACCAACAGCAGCAACAACAGCAACAGCUACAGCAACAUCAGCAACAACAAACACAACCUCAAAUGCACACACAACAGCAAACCCAACACCAACAACGGGAAAUUAUAUCAAACAAUGGCAAUGUACACAAUAUGCAGGCACAUCCACAUCCUCAACCGCAGCCAGCGCACAAUUCGCCACUGAAUAUGAUGAGCAAUUACGUAAACGGAUCGCCAUAUUCGCGGAUACCUACGGGGUAUACAGGACCGGCCAGUUACAACAGCAGCAGCAGCAGCAUCAAUAUGCCUAUCACCCCUACUACACCACCCAUAAUACACGCACAUCAACAGCAACAACAACACCAACAACACUUUCAGCAACAACAAUUGCAACAACAGCGUAUGGGGUUUACAGAAAUACAACCCGAUACACCGCCGCAAACACCACCCAAUAUGAAAGUGGCGAACAGCAACGGUGUAAUGACAGCAGCAGUUGUGAACUCUCUGCUAACCGGUCCUACGUCGUUAACACCUACGACCGGUAAUUGUUAUGGUAAUGGGAGUAAAACACAUCUUAGUUCGCAUUAUAAUAAUAAUCUAUCACCUGUUAAUGGCGCUUCGUGUAAUAAUAAUUUUAUGAGUAGUCUAACUACAACACGUGCAGAAGUCUAGAAAUAUAUUGGGGCAUUUAAUUGGGAUAAUACAAUAACCAAAAUAGUUUUCUAUUAACUCGGGACAUAUAUAGAUCUGUAUAAUAUAUAGGAGUUCAAAAAAAUUAUUCAACAUUAUCAAUUUGUACCCAACAUUAAGAAAGACUUUAUGCUAUACAAAUAUAAUACCAGAGUUUAGGUUAGAAAUUAUGAUAUAUUAAAUUUUUAAUCAAUUUUAAAACGAUGUGUGAAGGACAAUAUAAAAACACUACGUUUGGCAGUUCUUAAAAAUCAAUGACAGAAAAAAAUCUAUUACAUUUAUGAUAAAAGGAAAGUUCCUUAAGAUUUUGAGGUUGUAAAAGUUGAUAGAUCUGGUAUCUAGAACAUUCUAGCAUAAAGAUAUGAUUUUUUCAAUCAAAAUUUUUCAAAAUGUGCUCUGCAAUACAAUUCCCAGUGCUUCGUUAAAACUUAGAAUUUAUUUAUUUAAAAAUAAUGUAGAACUGUUAGUCAAGAUUUAGUGCUUCGCAUUAAAUUUCGAAUUUCAAAGGUGCUCCCCUACUGAAACAGUUUAAGAACAUCUACUUGAGAUGUAGGAUAUUGUAUUUGUGUAACUUAAGGAGAGUUGAAAUUUGUUUGUUUUGGUUAAACUAUAAAAUGCAAUAACUUCAGAAGUUUAAAUAUAGAAAGUGUGUAAGUUACAUGUGUAUGAAGCAGAUUUGUUUAUUGCAAACAAA